AUGUCCUCCGGAUUCUUAACUACUAAAGGUACAAAAAUUGUCGACGCUGAAGGUAACCCAAUUGUUUUAAAGGGUACUGCUUGUGGUGGUUCUUUGAACAUGGAAAAUUUUAUUACUGGUUAUCCAGGUCAUUUCACUGAACAUAAAAAUGUUAUUGCUAAAAAAAUCGGUACUGAAAAGUGUGAAUUUUUCUUUGACAAGUUUUACGAAUACUUUUGGACCGAAAAGGAUGCUGACUUUUAUGCCAAUGAAUUAGGAUUCAAUGCUUUGAGAAUUCCAUUUAACUACCGUCACUUUAUUGACGAUCAAGGUGAUUUCUUCAAAAUCAACCCAAAAGGUUUUGAAAGAUUAGACAGAGUCGUUGACAUUUGUGCCAAGUAUGGUAUCUAUACCAUUUUAGAUUUGCAUGCUGUUCCAGGUGGUCAAAACCAAGAUUGGCACGCCGAUUCUGGUAUCCACAAGUCUAUUUUCUGGGACUUUAAGAUUUUCCAAGAUUGUAUGAUCAAUUUGUGGGUUGAAAUUGCCAAACAUUACAAGGACAACACUUGGGUUGCCGGUUACAACCCAUUGAACGAACCAGCUUCUCCAGAUCACUCCAAAUUGGUUGAAUUCUACAAACGUGUUGAUAAAGAAGUUAGAAAAGUUGAUCCAAACCAUAUCUGGUUCCUUGAUGGUAACACCUACUCUAUGGAUUUCAGACAAUUCCCACCAGCAGAUUUCAUCCCAAAUUCUGUUUAUGCUAUCCACGAUUAUUCUGUCUUUGGCUUUCCAUCAUUGGACGGUUACCUUUACCAAGGUACUGAUGCAGAAAAAGCCAAGUUGAAGCAACAAUACGAAAGAAAGCUUGAAUACAUGAAAAAAUACAAUGUCCCAGUCUGGAACGGUGAAUUUGGUCCAGUUUAUGCUUCUAAAGAAAGAGGAGACGAGGAUCCAGAUUCCAUCAACAGACAUAGAUACAAUGUUUUGAAAGAUCAAUUGGAAAUCUACAAAAAAGGUGAUCCAUCAGGCGAUGGUUCUCCAAUUUCUUGGUCUAUUUGGUUGUAUAAAGAUAUUGGCUACCAAGGUUUAACUUAUGUUUCUCCAGAAUCUAAAUGGUAUCAAGUGUUUGGCAAAUGGUUGUUGAAAAAGAAAAAAUUGGGUUUGGACAGAUGGGGUAACGAUAUCGAUCCAAAAUAUGCCAAGAUCUAUCAUAACUUGAUUGAUCAUAUCAAAGAAAACACUCCUGAAAAAUACCAUAAGGCUUUGUAUCCACACAAUUGGACUGUUGAAGAUUAUGUUUACAGAGUUGCUAAAGAUAUGUUAUUCUCACAAAUUGCUCAACACGAAUAUGCUGACUUGUUUGUUGGAUUAUCAUUUGAAGAAUUAGACGAAUUGGCUGCUUCAUUCAAAUUUGAAAACAUCUGCAAAAGAGACGAAUUAAACGCCAUCUUGAAAGAUUACUGA